UUCUUAAUUCAUUUCCGCGUUGCAAGAAAGAAUGUGUAAAUCUGUUGAGCCACAUUUCGAUACACCAAGAAGUCCAUAAAUAAACCACCUAGAGACAGAACUAUUUUACAACAUACCCCUACGUCAUCCUAUGUACAGAUCUAUAGACCAAUACAUACACAAUUUAAAACAGUACAAGACAUCAGCAUAACAUCAAAAAGAUGAAGAUCAAUAGACGUACAGCUAUCACCCUGGGCAGCCUGUCAUGUUUUGUUAUUAUUGGUGGAAUACUUUAUGCUGUUCUGGUUGCUGUGGUAACCCAGAAAGUGUCUGGUAAAGAUGAUGAUUCCACACUUCUAGACUUUAUUCCAUUUUGGACUUUUGGCUUUGCGUACAUAAUCCCUGGAAUUCUCGGCUUCAUAGCUGCAUUCGUCCAGAAGAAAUGGCUGUAUGUGUUGGUGUUGAUUAUCAGUAUCAUAUUACUGAUGGGUAUGGUAGGAUUGAUAAAUCUCUUCUCGUUUUCGUUUUUCGUGGGAAUGAUGUCCUAUAAAGAUUUCUCAUAUUGCUCCACUAUAAACGACCAGUGUGUUUGCAGGCAAGUACAUAUUUGUAUAGCCCAGUUAUAA